CGCUAUUAUUGAAACUUCUGUCCAAGCAAGACGUGCAGAAAAACGCUUAAUCGCGAACAGCGACAAAUUCGCUGAUCUGUUGCGGUAAUCUAUUAGCAUGCAUAGACACUAGGACGAUCCGCGCCCAGCGAGAGAGCAAUGACGGAGAACACAGAGAAAGGGGCGAGCGUAGAAACGCCUCAAGUGGCGGGGUCUCAGACAAAUCCUCCGGUUCAGGAGCCACUUGCACUGACCAAGAUUCCGCCAAUUAAGGUAAAGAGCGAACGACCGGACGCAGAGGUGGAGGCCAAACUCCGGGCCAUGAAUGCCAAGAUCAAGGCGGAGAUGGUGACUUUGAUGCGGAGGAGCAACAGCAAUGAACUGGGCAACAAUGACGAGUCGGGGGAGAGCGAGAGCUCCGCGUCGGCGGACGACAAGAAGAACAUUAAGCCUGUAAAGUCCUCGAACGAGAUCCUUGCCGAGCUGUUCGGCGUAUUCAAUGCCGCUCCACCAGAGGAACUUCUAGACGACAAUCUGUUCAAGAAAAAGAAAAAGGUGAAAAAGGAGAAGAAGGAUAAGAAGGCCAAGAAAAAGAAGACGACCAAGUCAGAUGGCGAAUGCAGCGACUCGGAGGCGGAAGGCAAGCACAAGCAUAAACGUAAGAAGCACAAACAUAAAGACAUCAGAGUCAAAGACAAGGAGAAGGAUCGGGACCGGGACAAAUCUAAGGAGAAAGAUCGGGACCGCGUUACGGACAAAUCAAAGGAGAAGGAUCGGGACAGGGACAGGGAUAGGGACAAAUCCAAAGAUAAGUUUACGGCAGCACAAGCUCCCUCCGAGAAGGAGAAAGAAAAGUCUGAGAGCCGGAAGCGCAGCGCUGUGGAGCCUUCCAGUCAUUCCGAAAAGCGCGAACGACAUGAAAGGGAGAAGCAUCGCGACUGGGAACGAGAAAGGGAACGGGAAAAGGAGCAUGAAAGGGAACGCGUCCGCUCCAACAAUAGCUUUUACAACGGGCAACGUGAAGCGGAUCGCUUGAAAGGAUCUGAAUCAGCGAGCACAAAGUCACGGCAGGAACAAGAUCUCUCCGAUAUCUCGCUCUCCGAUGAGGAGUCGUACCUCCGGGAGAAGGCUUCCAACGGCCGUAGACGGGCGCACAACAGCUUUUAUGAUGAAAAGGAGGAAUUGUCGGUUUCACCCAAGCGUAACGUGCGCGAAUCCAACACCAGGAGAAACCGAAAGUCAAGAUCUCGCUCGCGUGACCUCGGCAUAGACAAAAAGCGCUUGCUCGAGAUUGCGCGACGAAAUGCCAUUAACAUGUUCAAACAGGGAACUAUGCCCGGUGUGGCUAACAUGACUGCAGAGGUCAAGGACAAGGUUCUCGUCAAGAUGCGCUACGGAGGUCGCACUAUUCAAGAUCUUACCGACUUCUGCAAAAAAAUCUCCAACGGCGACGGCCUGUCAGAUCUGAGUUCAGAAGAGGAGUCCGAUGUGGACAAGAAUGGUAAUGCGAAGGUCUUCCAUCAUCCCUUUCAGCUGAAGGAGCGCGAGCCAAUUGUGAUGCAUAUACGAAACUCAACGGCGCUGGUUCCAGCACCACCUCGACUGGACGAGCAAACAAAGGCCAUAACCAUGCAGUUCCCGGUGUCGUCGGGUCAGACCCAUCGCAACAAUGAGGUGUGGGUGCCGGUGGAUCCUAAGGACUCGCUAGUGCCGUUGCCCUCCCUACCGCCAGCAAAACAGGCCACCAAUAUGUUUAAGGAAACGCCGAAGAACGUGUUCGCGAAGUCGAUACCCUUGCAGGAGCAGCAGGAACCCGCCUUUAAGCCACUGGGAGGAGCAGUCGUAGUCCCGCCCUUAGCCGCCACUCAAUUACCCACUGUUCCUCAAUCCGUCCCGCCAACCGUUCCCAAAGAGUUUGCCCCUCCGGCUGUUCCCUUCGUUCCCGAGGUGCCCAUCCCGUCAACGUCACCCGUAACACCGAUGCAAAGUGCUUCCAUUUUUCCCGAUGUUACGCCGCCUUCCAUGGACGUGUCCAGCAUAAUCACCCAGCGUCUUAGUGCCAUUCGACGCCUGCAGGAGAAUCCGGCCGACUCUGAGGCCCUAAAAAUGAUGUACACUGCGCAACGCAACAUGUCAUCGUGGGCCAACUCAAAGCAUCUGCCCGGUCAGUUCACGGGAAGCACGGGUGCCCAAGUGAUGAAGGCACAUGAGCUGAACAGCGGUCCGCAGCUGUGGGUGCGCAAAGACCAAAUGACCUCCACCAAACCGGUGACUGGGGGCAUGGGCAUGGCGCUCCUGCAAAAGAUGGGCUGGAAACCGGGCGAGGGACUGGGCAGAUGUAAAACUGGAUCAUUGCAACCACUUUUGCUGGACGUCAAAUUGGACAAGCGUGGCCUGGUGUCGCGCGAUGACUUAAGGCCACCGCAAAUGCGUGCGCCGGCUGCCCAGCGAAGAAAUAAAAACAUGGCGGGACCAAUUGGAGCUGGCCCCUGUCCAGCAGUUCAGGGUGCGGGACCUGGACCGUUGGCGUCCACGCCGCUGGUCACCCAGGAUAAGCAUCCCGUGUGUGUGCUCAACGAACUGACCUCGAAGAACAAGUGGAUGCCGCCGCAGUAUAAGCUACGUCAGGAUAUCGGGCCCGCUCACAACCGUUCCUUUCUCUUUUCGGUCGAGAUUAACGGACAGACCUUUACGCCGGAUCGAGGAAGCAACAACAAGAAGGAGGCGAAACUCAAUGCGGCCGCCUUAUGUCUGCGAUCUUUAGGCAUUCUUCCGCCCAGCUAGUGAUCGAACGUUGAAUAGGCUAAUUUCUAGAUAGUGAAUAUAAUAGAAUCCCCACACUGUACAUAAAAUUAGCCCUAUAUUUAAGUUGUAAAAUCUUGUUCGUCUCCUUUGGAGCGAUGACAAAUAUAGUGCUAACAUCAAAAAUGAUUGUUAGUUUGACUAAAAUUACUGAUAUUUGAUGUACCCCUAACGUUAUCAUUUCUAUUAUUUAUACACUACUUACUUUAAUGCUGUCCUUAAUAUCAGUUAUAAAUUACCUGUUUACUUCUAGUUCCUUUUAGAAAUGCAAGUUUCGUAUUUGAAGUGUAUUUCCUUCCCUUAUUAAAUUGAAUAUUUUAAUUUAAUUUUUGACACACACAUUU